AUGGCUCAGUAUUACCACUUAUCCUCUCUUUUACUACUUGCAUUACUCAAUUUAUUCUUCAUUUAUGGCAACAUAACUGAAGCGACUGCACGCCACCUCCUAGAGACGUCCCUCCCUGAGAUUCCUAAACAAGAACUCCCCAAAUUCCCAGCCUUGCCAAAGCCUGAAAUCCCAACUAUGCCAAAGCCUGAGCUUCCAACCAUUCCAAAACCUGAGCUACCAACUUUCCCCAAGCCCCAGUUACCAACUUUGCCAAAGCCAAAGAUGCCUGAGAUACCCGCAAUGCCAAAAUUAGAGUUUCCUCCCUUGAAAAAGUCAGAAAUUCCAGCAGUGCCAAAGACUGAGGUUCCUCCAGCUAUGAAAAAGCCUGAAGUUCCAACUUUACCAAAGCCUGAGCUACCGAAUAUGCCAAAGCCAGAAAUUCCAGAACUACCAAAGCCAAAGGUCCCAGAACUUCCAAAGCCAGAAGUACCAACUAUGUCAAAGCCUGAAAUCCCAGAAUUACCAAAGCCAAAAGCCACAGAGCUUCCAAAGCUAAAAGUCCCAACAAUUCCAAAGCCUGAAGUACCAACUCUGCCAAAGUCAGAAAUCCCAGAACUACCAAAGCCAGAAAUUCCAGAACUUCCAAAGCCAAAAGUACCAACUAUGCCAAAGCCUGAAAUUCCAGAAUUACCAAAGCCAAAAGCCCCAGAACUUCCAAAGCUAAAAGUCCCAACAAUGCCUAAGCUUGAAGCAUCAACUAUGCCAAAGACUGAAAUCCCAGAACUACCAAAGCCGAAAGUCCCAGAGCUUCCAAAGCUAAAAGUCCCAGCAACGCCAAAGCCAGAAAUCUCAGAACUACCAAAGCCAAAACUCCCAGAACUUCCAAAGCCAGAAGUACCAAAAAUGCCAAAGCCUGAAAUCCCAGAACUACCAAAGCCAAAACUCCCAGAACUUCCAAAGCCAGAAGUACCAACUAUCCCAAAGACUGAAAUCCCCGAACUACCAAAGCCAAAAGUCCCAGAGCUUCCAAAGCUAAAAGUCCCAACUAUGCCAAAGCCUGAAAUUCCAGAACUACCUAAACCAACUCUUCCUUCACUUUCUCCACCAUACAAACCCGCUACUCCUUGA